ACCGUUUUAUUUAAUUUUUCAAACACGUUCCAACAUGUUUGGGUAGCAGCAGUGAUUGGGGAGGUAUCAAUGUAAACAUCAGCUCCAAAUCGUGUGCUUCUUAACAAAUAAACCAUAAUAACAAUUAUCAGUUCCUAAAACACUGGAAAUAAUGGCAACAGAAACUGGACAAUUGACUCCGAUCAACCCUUUAACGUUUUACUCGAGGAAUAGCGAUAUAAAAAAGAUAUUGGAUAUCGAACAGAAGUGUCAGAGGAGACGCCUGUUAUUGCGGGAGGCGAGCAGUUUUAAACCGACUUUACUGGGACCAUCGACAUUCUGGGAAAAAUAUUAUAAACAAGCGGAGGCUCUUGAGGUAGCUCGUGAACAUAGCACGAAGAACGAUCCACUUUGCACUUUUGUUUAUCAGGAUCAUCACAACAAUGGUCGCAGAAUGUUUGUCGUUGCUCAUCCGGAGGUCUAUUGGUACUCUUUUAUUAAGCAACAACCUGAAGAGAGGUGCACUUAUGAGGUAAUUCCAGAAGGUGCUCCAUGCUGGCUCUAUCUAGACCUAGAAUUCGAAAAAUCGCUGAACCCGGAUAGCAAUGGUCCCUCGAUGACAAAAACCCUCCUAGAAAUAAUCCUCGCCUUCUUGAAAAAGUACUGGCACCUCGAGUGUACGGAAAAAAACGUAUUAAACCUGGAUUCAACAACCUGCCAUAAAUUCAGCAGACAUUUGAUAUUCUGCACGAAGGAGGUGGCCUUCAAGCACAACAUCCACGCGGGUAGAUUCAUAAAAAAUAUAAUAAUGGAAAUCGAGGAGUACCUCUCGUCAAACGGUUCCGCCUUCCACGAGGUUCUCAGCUUCUUUCCCUUGAAGGAUCUAGAGUCCCUUUACAUUUCAACUGACAAGAAAAAGAAAAUCUUCAUAGACUCCAUGGUCUACACCAAGAACAGGCACUUCAGAGUGUACAAAGCCACAAAAUGGGGGAAAUUAUCACACCUGGAGGUGGCACCAGAGUGCAAUUAUGAGCCAACUGUCGAACGAAAGGACAAAAUAUUGAGCAUUUUCCUUGACUCGUUGGUCUCUUUCUUUCCUGAUAAAAGCUCCUUCACCCUUCUAGAAUUCAAUCAGGACUCCUCGAGAGACAUCGACAAAUACCCCAGGGGACUCAGCCAAGGCCAUCGGUUUUUUAGUCAGAAUUCACACACAAUUGAUUCCCCAUAUCCUUUCAUCGAUAAAUUCAUCAGAAAACUGGUGCGGCCAGGACACGUCAGAUAUGCGAUUCAUUUUGAGGCCUCGCAGACUAUUAUCUACGAUAUCAUUGGAAAUAGAUUUUGUGCUAAUAUCAAUCGACCUCACAAGAGCAAUAACAUCUACUUCGUCGUUGACUUGAAAGAACAAGUUUAUUAUCAAAAAUGCCACGAUGAGGAGGACUGUCCAGGCUUCAGGUCAAAUUCCAUGCCACUACCAGUGGAAAUAUCAUUCCUCCUCGACAAAGAGGAUGAUGAUAUUUUUUUGAGUCUCCCUGACUCGGACAACUCAUUUUCCCUCAUGCAGUCUGAUAAUAGUAUCGAACAAUGAUGAACAAAAUUAUUUCCUCAGAGCUGGAUAUAUAUAAAUUAUUAUAUACGAACGCAUGAUGGAGCGCUCUGUCAUCGACAUUAUACAUAUUUAUACAAAAAAUGAAAUGGAAUAAAUUAUUAAUGGAAUGUAUUAAAGAAACGUUGGUUUCGUUUACAGAUUUAUGUAUCAAUUUUUUUUAUCAUACAGAUGCUUCAACCAAUUGUUCAGCGGAAUUUUUUCUUGCGUGACAAAUGUAAAACAUUACUAUUAACAUCUAUACAACACCGAAUUUAUGUACAAAAUAGUUUAUCGGUGAGACAAUAAAGAAAAAUUAAUUUCA